GUGCACUGAUCAAAAAACCGAAUCCAAUCCAGAAACCCAAGCAAUCGUGUUCGCCGUCAAGUCGUGUGCGCUGCUCGAAAGCCCCGAAGCGGGCCCCAAAUGAAGCUCAGGUCGCAAGAAACGCACAAGCUCCGCCGCCAAGCAGCCCGAAAUUCGGUGAAACAUUAGAAAAUCCGGAGCCACGGGAAUAUCGAAAUUACCAAAUCCGCGCCCGUGUGAACGAUUUUGGAGCUUUUCAACAUUGCCGGCAGGACCAAUCAGCUGUGGCAGCCGGCAAUGCACCAAGAUGAGCAGUAAGGAGCAGCAAGCCGCAGGCCGGGAUUUCAAGCGCAAUUCGAACGCCUACGCCAGUCUGCCGCCCUCGGGGUCGGGAGCGGCAUCCUCCGGAGCGGGACUGGGCACGGGAACAGGUGGCAGGGUACGCAGCAGACAGCACCAGCCGGAACAGGAGCAGUUUGGACUCUCGAACAGCCUUUCCAGCGAAUCGAUUCGACAGGCCUGCGCCUAUUACGACGACGAGUUGAGCGACGAUGACCUCAUCGAGAUCCAACAGACUCCCCAAGCUUUCCACCAGCAGGCCAAGCAACCCCUCCAGCUGCAACCCAUCAGCUUCCGAUUAGGAGAUGGCCUGGGAGACGAACGAAGUGCCUUCUGCGGCAGCCAGGAGAUGCAGCAGGCUCCAUUGAGCACGCCCAUCAAACAAGCUGCCGAAACAGAUGAAGCCUUAUGUGUGCUCAGCGAGCUGGAUGCCAUUCUGGAUGUGCACGAUGUCUCUCAGCUGAAUGGCACCUGCUCAAGCUCGUCCAUGAAUUCUGGCAGCGACGAUGACAAGGUGGAGGACUAUCUCAUGGACCUGGACAACUAUCUGGAGGAGAUGGACAAUGCCUUGUGCCGCGAAGAGUCGCUGAUCAUCAUGGGCGGCCACUCCAGCUUAAAAAGGGAGCCCAGAACCAGAACUCUGCCUUUGAGUAGAAAAAAGAAAUCGAACAAGAAGAAGAGCGAAGAGCAGGAGUCGGGCCAGGAAGAUUUUCAGAGGGAGCAUCAAAUGAGGAAGACCUUCAGCUGCUCACUAAGGCCCACAAGCCAAACAGCAUCUUCUACUGCAUCACUAGAGACAUCCACGGAACCCGUGAUGGACGUUUGGAGGCGUCAGUCCAUGCGCCGCGCCAUGGAGCAGGAUGACACCAAAGCCACAGCUGAGAGGGAAAGGGAGGAGGAUGAUAUACCGACCUUGUUGGUGGAGCUGCCGCCCAGACGCGAGGCUGAGAUACGCCGCUGUUUUUCUCAAGGCGACUGCCAGGUUUCAGCGGCAACAUCGGAUGGCUCGCAGAUGCUCACAGAGGCGCACAUCUUCGACAACCUGCUGCAGACGAACGCAAGGGCAUCAAGCGAGGAGCCGCGACCCAGGCAAUAUGGACGCCGCCUGGAAGGACCUCCCACGCCUGUUCGCUCCUUGAUUCUGGCCCAGAGUCGGCCACAGAGUGCUCCCACGCGUGUGCAGAUGCGUGAGCCACAGCUGCAGGAGACGCCCACGCACCCCAUAAUGUCCACAUGCUCGGAGUUGAGCUCGGCGCGCUCCUCUCGGAUGCCCAGCCCAGUUUCCCUGCCCUCGGACAGCAGCAGCAGCGGGAGCAGCUCUGCCGAACAGGAGCAGGACCCGGUGCAGACCACGACAAUGUGCAGUGCCAGUAGCACCACGCCACUGGAACCGCUGCACCAGCUCCAAUUGCUGCUGCGCGAGAAGUGCGGCUUCAACAGUCAGUGGCCACAUGCCGGCAGCCGCACUUUGGCGCUGAUUGGAUGCACUUUGGGAGUUUUCAAUAUGUGCCGAUUUGCCGUGCUCACCAUUAACUUUGGUGGCAACUUUCUGCUGCAGUUUCUCCUGCUCUCCGUCAUUUUUGGCAUACCACUCCUUUGGCUGCAGAUGUGCCUGGGAGCCAAAAUUCGCGCCGGUCCAGUCUCCAUGUGGAAGAUCAGUCCGAUUUGCGCAGGAGUGGGCAUAGCCUUGGUGAUGGAGCAAUGCUUUCUGGCCUUGUAUUCCACGGUCUCGCUGGCCUGGAUUUUGGUCUACCUAAGGGACGUGUUCCCGACAGCAUCGCGCAGUGGAUAUCGCUGGCAGGAGGUGGCAUUCCCCUAUCGAUAUGAUGCCUCGAAUGCCACCGGCAAUCUCACGCAGACGGUAGCCGAAUACUUCAACGUGGUGGUGCUACAGCGUCUGCACUUGGCCAACCAUCCGGAUGCCAGCGGAAUACGCUUCCACGUCAACGAUCGGCAGCUGGCCUUCUACCUGGCCCUCAUCUGGGCGGCCGUGUUUCUCAUCCUCUGCAAGGGCCUGAAGUCCUUGGGCAAACUGGCUUACAUCAUCUACACGCUGCCCUUGGUGGCGCUUGCGGUGGUGACCGCCAAGUUUGUCUAUGUCGUGGAUCCCAGCAGGAUACAGAACAUCUUCGCUGCCAGCGAUUUCGACGACUUUCUGGUGAACUCGAACAGCUGGACGGCGGCUACCCAGGAGACCUUUCUCACGUGGGGCCUGCUAGGAGCCUCUGUGAUCGCCAUCACCAGCAGAAGCCACAGCAAUGCUAACAAGGCGGCUCUGAGGCGGGAUGCUAUUCUCUUGGUUCUGAUUACCCUGAUUGGUUUGGGUUUAAUGGCCUUACUAGCUCUGUGUUGUGCACAGAUUCUGUGGGAGCAUGGCUACGUUUAUGUCCCAGGAUCCUUUGAAAACCCUGAUUGCUAUACGUCCAUUUACUCGCUGCAAUCGAACACGAAUCCCUAUAUGCUUUCCUAUCCGCGCUCGCUGAUUCCGCACUACUCCUCCUUUAUUGGAGAGACCUACAGAAGGAACCGUACCAUGAUCCACGUAGAGAGCGGCUUUCAGGCGCUGCGCUUCAUCUCGGAAAUCUUUCCGGCAGUGCUCUCGCUGGCCGGUGAUAGUAUUUCCUGGGUUUGGGCCGCCGUGGCCUUUACAACUUUCGCGGGCUUUGGUCUUGCGCAGCUGUGCGUGAUGUGGAAACCCAUCUCAAGUGCCUUGGGCAAUUCUACGAGCUCGGUUCUGCUGAGCUGCGUCACUGGGCUGCUGCUGAGCAUCCCCUUCGCCACCGAGAUGGGCAUAUCGAUCCUGUACUAUGUGGAUUUCCUACUGGGCGGAUCCUGGUUUAUUCCGAUCAUCUGGACGGCUCAGAUCUUUGGCGUGUUUAUGAUAAGAGGUCGUCCCUACAACGGAGAUGACCUGGUGAACGAUCUUCGACUUUGUGGCUCCAUGUCAGCCUUCUUGGCUUUGUCUUGGAAUGUUUUGCUGCCCAUUGGUCUGAUCACGUUGUCGGUCGUUGACUACAAGGCUUCUCUGUCAAAUCAGUUUUAUUAUUGGCGCGGAAAGUCGUACUUCACAUAUUGGUCCAGGAAGAUGGGCAGCCUCAUUCAGAUUGGAGUACUAUUGGUCAUACCCGUGACUGCUAUUAUACAGAUCUACCGGUAUCUGGCCCACGGUCCACCGGAUAUACUGGAGCGCAUUCAGCUGCUGUAUCGACCCCCGGAGGAGGGGGAGGAGCCCCGUCGUCCCUCUGCGCGACAAAGCGCAGCCCAAGGACGUCGCAAUGCUGCGGGGCAGACGGCGGAGGGCACCCAGCACGAUGCCCAGAACGAUGCUCCGCCAAAGUACACGCCACCUCCGUCCUACACCACGGCCACUGGCGCCCGACUGGCCAAGCUUCUGCGCCAGAGCAUCCGUCGCAGCGUGCGCAGGGUUCUGGGAGACUCCAGUCGCACACGACCCGUCCUCUCCCUCGAUGCGGAGUCCGCUUCGCCUGCAGCACCGCCUGAUUACCUGACCAUACUGACCAAUCCGGCUGGCAGUAGCUCCAAUGCAGAUCCUUCGCCGGCGUCCAGCAGCAGUCCCGAGUCCAUUGAGAUUGGCCAGCGACCCCCAGGCUAUGCCCAACGCUCGCAAUCGCUGGGCAGGAAGCUUCAUCGCUCGACGGCCUCCAGCCUGGAAAGGCGCCCCUAUACGGCGGAGGAUGUAGUGACCAUACUGCGCUCCUCUGUGCGACACCGCCAGUCGCAGGGAGGCGGGCACUCGGGCACUGCCAGCACCCUGCCUCGCCCCCCAACCGCCGCCAUGUCCACCCAUUUGGAGGACGCCUCAUUCCGAUCCAUAGAGAACCUCGUGCUGAACGCCGAGCCACCGGACAGGACGCCCGGCGUGGAGCUGGAGCUCGACCUGGAGGCUGGGCAGGCGGAGGAGUGCGCGCAAAAUAAUACAUCUGUGAUUUAACUGACUAAUAUCGUACCGUACAUAGCGUAACUCUUAUGCGAUCCACAUAUCCGCUUGCUUUCUUAGACUUGAUUAGCGCUAGUUAUCUAAAAUACGAAUAUUACUUUGUAGUUAUGCGAAUAAUAACGAAAACAAUUAGUUGGUACUCCCAA